AUAGGUCAAGUCUUCGAGAUGUGAACAAUAUACUGCCGUCGGCCGUCAAAUAAACAAAGAUUAUAGACAUCAAGUGCUGCUGUACUGAGGCCGAUCGGGUCGUGCAUCUUCUGAACUUCGUAUUAUGGCGGAAGGCAAUGAAGAUGAAAAUCCAUAUUCUUUUCGAAGUUAUAACCGCAAGAAAGAACCGAAAAGUAAUGAAAGCUCUGAUGUAGAAGAAUGUAGCAAUGCCAUACCUGACUUGGGAAUUGGUAAUCAACAUGACAGUGAGAAAAGAGUUACCAGUAACAGUUCUUGUAGAGGAAGUGACAUGCCAAAGAGAGAAGAAAAUCCCUUUUCUUUCAAGCAUUUCCUGAAAAGAGAUUCGGGAAGUAAUUAUCAGAGUACUGGAGCCAGACCAAAAAUAUAUAACAGUGUUCAGUUAGAAAAUGUUGACCAUCCUGAAUUAGAUGUGGAAUUAGAGACUGGUUUGUAUGGAAGAAGUGGAACAUCUCGUCAUGUGGGAACUCCUGAACUGACAUCUGUAUUGCCAGACUUUGUUCAAGACCAUUUGGUAGUUGAACAAUGCUACUUGAAUCAUCCUGACAAUUCCAAUUCACCUCAAUUGACAGUUGACUUGGAAAAUUUACCCGAUUUUGCCAUAAACAAUAUACCACCUGCCCAGGAAACAUCAAGCCCUAGCAAGUCAUCAAGUACACUAAGGCAUUGGGAUGAACUAAAGAGUGCAGAUAAUGAAAACCUAUCGAAAGACAUUCCUUUUGAUUUGACAGGUACCACAAGAAAUCAGCACUUUCCAGGAAGAGUGAGGAAGAAUUCAGGGCCAGUUCCUUUGGAUUUGCCAAGUGUUACAACUGAUCAAAGUGCUCCACCUGGAAGACAAAAUGGUGCUUUACCAUUCGAUCUUCCUUUAGUUCGAGAUGUUGAUGUUUCACAGGCCCCUGCUUCAGCAUCUGGUUCCAGAAGUGGUCCACCCCUUGGUGAAGUAGGAGUAUCAAAAAGCUUACCAGAUUUCCUUUCUGAUGGUCCCAUUCACAGUGGGCGUCGUAAUGAUGAAUCUGUAGAUCCUUUGUCUACAUGUAGUAGUAAUGUAAGCAGGUCUCCAUCGACAGAUGAUUUUCAAAGGUUACAAGUAGAAAAUGAGAGAUUUAGAAGAGAGUUGGAUAUUUCAAGAAGACAGUUAUCAGAGCAAGCACGGAGAAUACAGUUUCUAGAAAAGGAAGUGUGUACUAUGCAAUCAAAGGAACAUGAAGAAACUGCAAGUCUCGAGAAGGCUAUUGAACAAGUUGAAGAUAACCUUAAAAGAAGCACUAAUGAAUUAACUCAACUUCGAAGAGAAAAUCAUGAGUUGCGAACUGGGCAAGGAUUAUCCAUUGGAGUGGAACCAAGCCAUGAACAACUUACAAAAAAAUUAUCUCAAGAUCUAAGGAGUGCAGCAGGCACAGCAGAAGUGUCUCUGAGGCAAUUGUUAACAGGAGUAGAAAAUUUACGUGUAAUUGCUGCUACAAUGGAAAGCAUGCACAGAAUACAUGAUAGAACCAGUGAUUUCUUGGCAGAUCAUGACGAUGAUGCUGAAGAUGCCUCUGCUUCAGGUGGGGCUGGGCCAGCUUUGUGAAUAAGACUUAUUACCAGGAUGUACGUGAGUGACAAAUGAGUUGUUUGAGAGAGUGUGAAUUUAGAAUGUAUGAAGUUUUUGUAACUUAAUGACAUUUUGUCUCUUGAUUUUGGAUUUAGAUAACCCAGUUAUUUUAUUGAAAAUUCAUUCAAUACAUUGUUAAUGUCCUCUGUACCAUGUGUAUCUCUUCCAGAGAGUGUAACAUGAUUUAAUAUGUUUCUUAUUACUUAUUCAGUCAUGUGUGUUGUAGAUUAUGUUAGGGUAUAGAGUAUUAAAGACAAUCUGUGAUAACCAUAAAUGAACUGUAUCAUAUUGCACAUGUUCAAAAAAUUGGUGCUUAUUGCACUGCAAUUAAAUAUGAUAUCCAUUUACUGCGGGUUGUAUGUAAUGGAAUGUUUUUAUUUUCUUUAAUGAUUUUAAUUUCUGAGAAGACAGACUAUUAAAUAGAUUGUUCAGAAAUUAAAUUUUCCUACUGUAUUUUUGUAAACUAUAUGUUUGUGUUGCACAAUCCUAAUUAAAUUUUAAGGUGAGAAAAAUGAGAUUAACUUAUGUAUGGUUCAUUAUAACGACAUCAAAAGCUGUUUAUUUACUCUCACGUUUAUAUUUGUUGUCAGGAGGAAAUAUGUUAUUUAAUUUACAUGAAAGAGAGGAGAAUGGCUUAUGCGACUACCAUUAAGGUUUGUUUGAAUGUACAAAUCGUGAUAUUCCUUUUGGGAUUACUGUACUUUCUCUUGCUGUUUUAAUUGUGUUACGAAUGUGCAUUUUUUGUUAAACAUUUUUAGGCUGCUUUCCAUGAAAUAUUUACACAGAAUAUUUCUUGUAAUAUUUUGAAAAACAAAUGGGUAUAGUUAUCUCUUGUAAAUUAACUUAAACUCCAAUCCUGAUAUGUCAUUAACGUCACAAUUUUUGAUUACCAAAGAUUACAGCCUGUACUUCAUAGUAUUCAGGAACCAAACAUUUAUAUAGAUGAUGAAUGGCCAAGUGCUCAAAUGUAUAAAUGCAGAGUGCAUUUGAGUGUGUAUGGAUCUUGGGAUAUAUACCAAUAUUUGGACUUGUAUAUUCACACAAUAGACCCAUAAUAAGUAUGUUACAUGUCGGUUUCUGUUUUAUUUGUUACAAAUGUGUGGUAGUUAUUUCUGAUAUUGUUUUCUUUGAAUAUGGUAGCUGUCCAAAUCUCAAUUUUAUCAUUAUACUCUCAAGCUUGUGUGAAAACUUGUAUCACCAAUCACAGCUAAAUUGUGCAUUUAUUUAAAUGUCUGUGAAUAACUUUGAAGUGCACUGCUGAGGUUGUAUAUGUAUUAUUACAAAAUUGACAACAAUCUCCUAUGUGUAGCUCACAAGUCAAGUUUCCUAAGUCAAUCUGUUAAAUUAUAUUUCAGAAAUCAUAGUUUUUAAACAACAAACUGUUGUGUUGCUAAUUAUUCGUGGAUGUGUUUCCCCUACACAUUCUCACACUGAAAUACUUGCAACAUAUAAGGAUGAAUAUCCUUGAAUGUUAUUAAGAUUUCCUCGUAUCUAAUGAUACUUCUUUUUUCUGCAUCAUGUAGGAUUUAUAAGAAAUACUAUACAAGAUCAUUGAUUUAUAACUUCAUUUUUCUACUGAAGGUUUGACUUAGAAAAUGUGACAUACAAUAUGUAUUAUAUGGUGCCUACAAUUCAUGUAGUAGAUUUAAGUUUACUUUGUAAGCAUGCUGCUAAUAUUAUAGACUUGUGAAACUGUAGUUUUUUUGGCUUGUUCCAAUAGCAAAUAUAUGAUAUUUUUUGUGACUUCCAGUGUUUUGCAACAUUUUAGCCCAAUACCUUUAUAUAUUCUUUGCAUGUAAAGGACAUCAAAAUAAUUAGAAACAAUAUGGUAUUAAUCUAUCAUUUUUGACUAACAUGGUAGUGUUUAAUAUUACUACUGUCAUACUUAAUCGUAUCAGAUACCUUAGGG